AGGAUACCACCCAUCGACCCGCUCGUGUGUUGCUGUGAAGUGAAAGACGGUAUUGUCGUCGCUAGCGUUGCGUCAACUGUCGCUAAUACCGUCGACACGACAAGCACACACACGCUCAACGACUGGCGCUGGCCACACGUUGAAAUUGCACUUGUGAAAUAUUGUCAAAACGCUGGCGCCAAGGACGUUAAAUAUUGUCAUGACCGAUCAGAACUGAUAGGCCCAGAUCCUCGAUUUUCGAACGCGAGGUCACAGGCCGCGCGGAUAUUUCGUCCCAACACGGACCAAGGGAUCGGCGUCGACAGGCGGGAAUGUCGUUGAACCGAGGGUGUCCUUUGCCGCUGCGUCCAGCAUUGGUACUACCCUUGUGGCGACGCGGGAACCAAGCAUCCACGGAUCGCACAAGCGAAUUUACACCAUGCAACGCACGCUGAGUAAGCUCGCGACGCGCCGCUACUCGACGCAGUGGCGGUCGUUUAGCGCCCUCCACCCGUCGCUCAAGCAGAAUGACUUGACGUCCAUUACGCUCCAUGUGACCAACCACCCGGGGUCGCUGCGCCCGGUCCUCGAUAUGUUUGCCAAGCACCGCGUGAACCUCACGCACAUUACGUCGCAGCCGACUACGUCGAUUGAGCCCAACAACGACUAUGCGAUUUCGAUCGAUUUUCAAGGCAAACCCGGCACGGCCGGCAUCGACAACCUCCUGCGCGAGCUCGAGGCGCACUGCGCAUCGCUGACGCUCGCCCAUGACAAGACGGUGCCCUGGUUUCCGCUGCACAUUAGCGACCUCGACAUUGCGGCCCGCCAUACGCUCCAAGCCGGCACCGACAUUGACGCCGACCACCCUGGGUUUAGCGACCAAGUGUACCGUGCCCGUCGCAACGAGCUCAGCGAGAUCGCGGCCAACUACCGACAGGGACAGCCGCUGCCGCACAUUCACUACUCGGAGCUCGAGACGCAGACGUGGGGGGCGGUCUACAACCGCAUCAAGGACACGUGGGCGCAGUUUGCGUGCGACGAGUUCAACAACGCGCUCCCGAUGCUCGAGCGCGAGUGUGGGUACAGCCCGACCAACAUCCCGCAGGCCCACGACAUUUCCACCUUUUUGAAAGCGCGGACCGGGUUUGUGAUCCAUCCGGUCACGGGGUACCUCUCGCCGCGCGAUUUUCUGAACGGCCUCGCAUUCCGAGUCUUCUUUUGCACGCAGUACAUCCGGCACCACUCGCAGCCGCUGUACACGCCGGAGCCCGACAUUUGCCACGAGCUCAUGGGCCACGUGCCCAUGUUUGCGGACCAGGACUUCGCCGACUUUUCCCACGAAAUUGGCCUCGCGUCGCUCGGUGUGUCGGACGACGAGAUCGAGCGCCUCGCCGCGUGCUACAUUUUUUCGGUCGAGUUUGGCAUCUACCUCCAGAACGGGCAGAAAAAGGCGUUUGGCGCUGGCAUGCUCUCAAGCUUUGGGGAGCUCGAGUACGCGUGCUCGCCGGUGCGGCCGGCCGGCGGUACCAUGGACAUGCCCGAGUACCGGCCGUGGGACCCAUUCCACGCGUGCAAGCAAAAGUACCCCGUGACGACUUACCAGCCCGUGUACUAUGUGGCCGAGAGCUUGAGCCAAGCCAAGGACAAGAUGCGCGAGUUCACGCGCGAGAUGAAGAAGCCGUUCCAUGCAACGUACAACCCCGCGACGCAGACGAUUGCGGUCGACCGCGCGAUUACCAUCAGAGAGCGCUGCGCCAAGUAACGUCCAUUUUGCGUGUUGAGCGGACCUAUAUGUUGAGCGGACCUACUAAACUAAAUAAAAGAGCUAUCGGAUAUAACAA